UGUAAGGCGGCGCGGCGACUUCGCGAGUUUCAGUAGUCGGCGGAAAGCCGCUCGGUCGCUACCGGACACCUGAAAUGAUAAUCUUCAGUGUUUGCACGUUCCUCCCGGCGUUUAUACUUGUCAGAAUCUGUUGCGCUCUCAGUUAUGUGAUUUGACAUUACUUGUUGGGUUUAGUGAAACUAUUGUUUAAAUGUUUGCUUUGCACUCUCGAAGAUUGCGUAGGAGGCUAAGCGCCCCGACGUCAGGGUCACUCCGCCGUCGAGCCCGGGAGCGCAAGCGAGCAGAGCAGACGAGGGCGGAGGGCGAGCGUAUAGCGCGCGAGAAGAAAGAGCGACGCGCACGGGAGAAGCUUGAACAGCAGAGGAAGGCUCGUGAAGAGCUGGCGACGUAUCAGCCGUGGGGCAGAGCGGGCGGCGGCGCUCCGAACCCUCGAGGCGUGAGGUUUACCAAACUUCGAGACAAGGGAAUCUUUCCUGAAGACGAACUAAGGGGAGUGUCAUUGUUUGAGGCGUGUCGGAGGUGGAACACGUCACCACUGAGGCGUCAGAGGCAGACUCCGGUGAAGCUGCGUGAAGACCCGCAGCUGUGCUACUCCGAGCCACUACGCAAGAGCGUUGACAACGACAUACGAUACAAACAAUCGCCUCAGGAGCAACAGAACUAUAAACAAAUAUUAGAUGAGAUGGUUAAGAAAAAAAAUAAAGCUUUAAGAGAUGAAAAGAAGAGAAAUCUGGAAUAUGAACGCAAAAUGCAUGCCAUGGAAGGACCUUGGGGUAAACCAGGACCAGGUGGAGCUAUAUGGAGGAACCCUCGGAACGUUGGGUUAAAUUUCUCUAAGUCUAUGGGAUGGACAGACAAUGAAGUUUUUAAUAAACUCGAUGGGGCCAAAGAGCGUAACGAAAAAUCUUCGCUUACUUUACCUAAAGUAAAGGGAGAUGACGAUUUGGAGGAAGAUACGCCUGAAAAAGAAAAUGUAAAACCAUCGAAUGUUGAAAAGUUACCAACUAUAAAAUACGCAGUGAAUAGGAAUGUACAAAAACAAGCUCCAGAACCAAGAAGAUUUAGCUUAGACGUAAAAGUUAAACAUGAAAUUGUAUAUGGUGGGGAGGGAGAAGUUAGACGAAGUCCGAAAAAAACUAAAUUUGUUAAAAGAUUAUCGAAUGGAGACAAAGUGACAAAGUUGAUAAUUGACGACAGUUACGAGAGUGAAGAAGCAGUAGCAGUUACCGAGAAGAAGCUUACUCCUGAGAACGCUAUUUUACGAGUGACUGGCGGUGUUGAACUUGUGCCACUUCUUGCUAGAAGACGAAGAGUCGGCGCGCGAACGUUGCCAUCCAGCGAUGUCACAAGACAGGCGGAUCAAUCAUGUCAAUGGCGCGAAACGCUUAAUAUGGACUACUUGAGAGAAUUAAAGCAACAGAUGAAAGUGAAAUGUAUUCAAAAAGAGGAACAUCGCCAGAAUUCAGCAGAGAGUGUGAGAAAACACCAUGAGACGUGGGAGUCGUUAUGGGGUAGACAGGGACAUGGAGCUCCACUCCGUGGCAAAUACAAUAGGAAUAACUUGGCACAACUACUCUACGUGGCACCGCUGACAAAUGCUCAAUAGAUACCCGAAAAACAAGCAGUAGAGUUUUUUCUUUAUAAUUCUACUGUUUCAAAAUAUUAUUUUAUGAUGAAUCGGUACAUAAAAAAAUUUAAAUUUUAUUGAGCUAUUGAGAUUGGCAAAUACAAAUAUGGGGAUAAAAAUAUACUUUAAGAUGAAUUUUGUUAUCAAUAAAUCAAUAACUUUCAUAAGGAAAUCCUUUAACGGAUGUAGGUAGAUUGUUCAAGUUACCUUUUGGUAUAGAAUACUAGGAUCAACGAUAGCAAUUCAUAAAAUUGUAAGUAGUUAAAACAUGAUUCUUAUUAGUGCCAAUAAACUAAACCAAAUCCAUCUGAUCACUGAUUUCGUAAUUCUAAUACCGAAUGUUUUGCACUGCACAAUACAUUACUUUAUUCAGCUUUUCUAUUGAAUAAUCUGUAUUUAGAAAUAAUAUAUUUAAACACAACAUUUGAGAUAGGUAUUUUACUAUUGUGUUUGCAUUGUAGGCUUAGGUAUUAAACAAAAUGUAAUUAAAGUGAUGUCGUAAAUAAAGUUCACGAUUAACAACCAAGUUGUUGAAAAAUAAUAAUUAAAAACCGCAAGUUGUAAUAACUUCUAACUUAAACUAAGAAAUUACUGUUUACGAAUUUAUGUUGCAUUUUAAUUUUGUAAUUGAAUUUAGAUACACUGUCAUAGAAACCUGUACUGACAAACUUUUUGGCGAUUCACUUACUGUAUCUGCUAUCAACUUACAUUAUAUGUCAACCUCUACC